AAGGCGGAAGUAUUUCGACAGUGAGCGGCAGAAGUUUACCUAGAACUUCGAAUGAGGACUUUAUUGAUAACAAGAGAGUAUUCAGAUAUUUUAUUGACGUUAUUUUAAUCAAAAUGAUUUAGAAAAGCAUUUAUCCCUCAGUACUUGGUUAGCGCGUAGAGUUUUUGUGUCGUCUACUUGUUUUCUUGGUACUGUUUUACCACCUGCAGCACUGACCAUUACUAAUAUUUAUGGAGGUUAGUUAAGAUGAGGUUGCUGCAAAUAUUGUCAUAGUUGGUGUUUUAACUUUAGUUAUGAUUAUAACCGUGACACCAGUGUAUACUUUUCCGAGGUAUUUUGUGUAUGGCUUUAUAAAAUACCAGCGUAUAGAAAGAGUAGCUAGCUUGUUAAGAAAACAUCUGCUACGAAAACAAGAUUGGACCAUUAAACCAAGCAAAACUUUGUUCCAGGUGUCGACUCAAGCUGUUCUAAUGGCUGCACUAACGGACUUUGAACCCUCACCAAAGAGAAAAAGGGUUGAAACAGAAACACAGUCUUCAGCAAUAUCGUCCCAGAAAGGCUCAGCUUUAUGCAGUCAUGAUGGAACAAGUAAUGAAACCCCAGACCAAGGAAAAAGAGAAAACAAAACAGAGAGAAAAGGUGAUUUGCGAGGUGUAAAAUCAAAGAAAAUUGGAACCAAGUUUCAACUGAAGCCUAUCAACACUCUUGAAAGUUGGUUGGUUAAGCCUUCAAAAUCCAAAGCCUCUGCUGAAGCAAGUCAAACUCAAGACGAUUUUGAAAUUGUUGAUGGGAGUAGUGUGGAAACCCCUUCAGCUCAGUCUCCAGAAGGCAAAAACACUGACAUAUCUUCUUUUAAUCUGGAUGAAGAAACCCAAGUUUUAACUCCCCCGGUCUUUGAGCAAGACUCUUCCGUGUCACCAUUUUCAGUGGAUUCUGCAGGGAGUCGGCUCAUACAGGCACUCUCUCAUAACGAUGAUGGAUUGGAAAAACAAGAAAAGGAAAGAUGCUCAGAGGGCUCUGUCAAGCAUAAAGUGAAAAUAACAGAUUUUUUCUCUGGACAUUCAUCACAAAGUCUACAAGUGAAAAGGGACAAGCCAACUAAGUCUCCAGAAGAACAAGAUGAAGACAGAGAUUCGCCUGCUGAUGUGAGGUGGUUGGGGACUCCAAUCAGUGCACUAAAGAGAAUGCCAGAAUGUGGCGGAGAACCUCCUCCACUGAAAGAUAUUCCUGGAAAGCACACUGUGAUGAUAAGGACAGACCUCCUUCACCACGAAUCAGUUCCUGUUCCUUGUCCUGCCAAGUUUCAGGAUACAUGGGAUGAUGUUCAUGUCAAGAUGCCCUGCUCCAAGGAAAACCUGUUUCCUGUGAUAGAUGAGGACACCCAAGAGCAGCAGAAUAAAAGUCGCUGGGAACUCAUCAAAGAAACUUUAAACAAGAAAUUCACAAGUGCAUAUGAACUAAAGAAAGCAUUAUUGAAAUACAAUGCGUCUAAUGCUAAAAAAUGGGACUUCACAGCAUUAAGUUCAUACUGCUCUAAGGUCCUGGAGCCUGAUGCUGCCGAACAUCUGUUUAACUCCCUGCUGCCAGACAUGGUGCAAUUAGCAAUGAGAGCAUCUGAACUGUGCACCAAGCCGAUACCUCUCCUGAAAAGAGGCAUGAAUCACUCCAUCACCAUGUCUCAGGAGCAGGCGGCAUGUCUGCUCGCCAAUGCUUUCUUCUGCACCUUUCCUCGACGGAACUCCAGAAAGGCCGAGUACUCCAACUUCCCUGAUAUAAACUUCUUCAGGCUGUUUGAGGGAUCCUCUCCAAAGAAGAUAGAAAAGCUGAAAACACUGAUGUGUUAUUUUAAAAGUGUUACUGAACAAAAACCCACUGGACUUGUCACAUUCACUCGAAAGGUUUUGGAUAAAUCUCCCAUUUGGAAAAGUUCACAGACUCAACUUACUAAGCUGCACAUCACAUGUGACGGAACCAUUGAAGAUGAUGGGUCUGGUAUGCUUCAGGUGGAUUUUGCCAACAAAUUUGUUGGAGGAGGGGUCACAAGUUCAGGUCUCGUUCAGGAGGAGAUCCGUUUUCUCAUCAAUCCCGAGCUGAUAGUUUCUCGCCUUUUCACUGAAGCGCUGGAUGACAACGAAUGUCUGAUAAUUACAGGAACUCAACAGUUCAGUAAAUAUACCGGCUAUUCUCAGACCUACCAGUGGGAUGGCAACCACCGAGAUACAACUCCUAAGGAUGGCUGGCAGAGAAGAUGCACAGAGAUUGUGGCCAUUGAUGCUCUACAGUUCAGGAACUUUCUUGAACAGUUUCAUCCAGACAAAAUUACCAGAGAACUUAACAAGGCUUACUGUGGGUUUUCCCGUCUCGACACUGACAGUAAAAACCUCGCUGCAGUGGCAACAGGCAACUGGGGCUGUGGAGUUUUUGGAGGAGACACGCGUCUGAAAGCUCUCCUCCAGAUGCUGGCAGCUGCUGAGGCGGGCCGGGAUGUAGCUUAUUUCACCUUUGGUGACAGUCGGCUCAUGACAGAUGUCAACAAGAUGCACUCUUUUCUCACUCGGAGGAACAUCAGAGUUGGGGAAGUGUAUGACCUACUGGGCCAGUACUACAGCUCAGAGUGUAAGAGCUGCCCGAGUCGGCGCCCCGGCGUCAGCCUCUACGACUUCAUCUACCAGCAGGUCGGCUUCUCGUCUCCACCUGAUGACUCCAGCCAAGUUCCACCAGACAGCAUGUACUGAUGAGUAUUCAUUAGGGCCGUGCAGCUGCUGAGUCAUCACUCCUCCAGAAAUGAAAGUCUUAUUAUACUGCCUUAAGGGUAAUUUAUGAAUAUUUUUAGAAUGAUAAAAUGGUGCUUUGAUCGCUUAGUACGAUUUAAUGUAUUAUUUUUGUAAAACAAACAUCUCAACUGGCUAAAAUGGAUAAAGUGACCUUCUAUGUGUUUAAUUUGCUGAAUGAAUGCAGUUAAUGCAAAUAUAAGGACAUUUAGAAAUAAGUCUUAGUUUGUUGUUUUGCUUUUCUUUUUCUUUUUUCUUCAAGACACAACAUAGUCAUUGGAGAAGGUUGAAUUGAGUAAUGUAGAUGGAAAAAGGUAGAAAAUGUUGAUUGAAAAGAAAAAAAAAAUCUAAAAAACAUUUUUUUGUGAAAUAAUUUCUUAUCUUGUACAUUACUCAUUUUAGGAUUAUAGUUAGUGAUUGAAAUUUUCAUUAAAAAGUUCGAUUUGUUUGUGAAUCUUUGUCAUUUCUUUGACAUUUUGCUUUCCCUUAAAAAUAAAACAAGUUUUAAUUUGUAGUUUA